AUGGAUGCUGUCGACGCCACCGACCACUACGAGAUCUACGCGACCGAGGAGACGCCCUCGCUCUGUGCCAUCGUCAUCGACACGAACCCGCGCGCCUGGGCCGCCCUCAAGCGCGACCUGCCCAUCUCCAAGGCCCUCGCCAACAUCCUCGUCUUCGUCAACUCACACCUCGCGUACAGCAGCACAAACCAGGUCGCGCUGAUAGCCUCCCAUACCAACCGCGCAGUAUGGCUGUACCCACCGCGUCCAAAGCCCAAGGAGGCACGGUCACAGGGGAACGGCCAGCAGGACGGAGACAUCGAGAUGGCCGACGCGGACCAUCCGUCAAAACCGCCGCCUAAGAAGCGCAAUGCCGCCGCCGCCAACAAGUACCCCCAGUUCGCCCAGAUCGAGUCCUCCAUCGUCGCCUCCCUGCGCGACCUCAUGUCCUCCACCACCGAGGCCGACCUGGCCACCACCACCACCCAGAUCUCGGGCGCCCUGACCCUCGCCCUGUCGCACAUCAACAAGACCUCCGUGAUCCUCUCCGCCAACGACAAUGCCGACGCCUCGAAUCUCGCCGCUAAGAAGAACGGCGGCUCCACCGCCGCCAACCCCUCAGCCAUGUCCGCCCAGCGCGCCGGCAUACUCACAGGACUGCACGCCAGGAUCCUCGUUGUUUCCGUCUCCGAGAGCUCCCCGGCCCAGUACAUCCCCACCAUGAACUCCGUCUUCGCCGCCAGCCACGCCGGCAUCCCCAUCGACAUCCUCUCCCUGCACGGCAGCGCGACGUUCCUCCAGCAGGCGAGCUACAUCACCCGCGGCACGUUCAUGGAGGCGGCCAACCCCCAGGGCCUGCUCACCUACCUCCUCUUCGGCUUCGCCUCCUCCAUCACCUCCGCCACCACAGUCAUGACGACCACCUCAAACACAGCAGGCCAGGCAGGCGGGCCCAAGCACGACGAGGACGACGGCCACGGCGGCGGCAGCGGGGGAGGAGGAGGCGGCGCGGGCAUGAACCAGCUGGUCAGCCCGUCCACCGUCAGCGUCGACUUCCGCGCCGCCUGCUUCUGCCACCGCAAGGUCAUCGACACGGGCUUCGUCUGCAGCAUUUGCCUGUCCAUCUUCUGCGAGGUGCCGCAGGAUGCAGAGUGCCUGACGUGCGGCAACAGGCUGGCUCUGGGCACGUACGGCGCCCGCCCUGCCGUCGUGCCGCGCAAGAGGAAGAAGAAGAGGAAGCUCGGGCUCAACGGGGAGCCCGUCGGCAGCGAGCAGCCAAGCAGCGCCGUCGGCACGCCCAGGCCGGGUUGA